AAGAUCAGUGUCCCCACUGCACCUUUAGCCAUGGCGUCGUGUGGGGAUCCCGGGCGUCAGUGUCAGGAGGAGGCGGCCGCGGUGGUAGUGGUGGGCUCGUGCAUGACCGACCUGGUCAGUGUUACUUCUCGUUUGCCAAAAAUUGGAGAAACCAUCCACGGACACAAGUUUUUCAUCGGCUUUGGGGGGAAAGGUGCCAACCAGUGUGUCCAAGCCGCUAGACUUGGGGCAAAGACAUCCAUGGUGUGCAAGGUUGGCAAGGAUUCUUUUGGCAAUGACUAUAUAGAAAAUUUAAAACAGAAUGAUAUUCCUACAGAAUUUGCAUACCAGACUACAGAUGCUGCCACAGGGACUGCUUCUAUAAUUGUCAAUGAUGAAGGCCAGAAUAUCAUCGUCAUAGUGGCUGGAGCAAAUUUACUUUUGAAUACUGAAGACCUGAGGGAAGCAGCCAAUGUCAUUAGCAGAGCCAAAGUGAUGAUCUGCCAGCUAGAAAUAACUCCAGCUACGUCUUUGGAAGCCAUGACAAUGGCCCGCAGCAGUGGAGUGAAAACACUGUUCAAUCCAGCCCCUGCCAUUGCUGACCUGGAUCCCCGCUUCUACACCCUCUCCAGUGUGUUCUGCUGCAAUGAAAGCGAGGCUGAAAUUCUAACUGGCCUUCCAGUGGGCAGCCCUGCAGAUGCCGGCAAGGCCGCCUCCAUACUCCUGGAGCGGGGCUGCCAGGUGGUAGUCAUCACCCUAGGGGCUAAGGGAUGUGUGAUGCUGUCGCAGACGGAGCCCGUCCCAAAGCACAUUCCCACCGAGCACGUCAAGGCUGUCGAUACCACGGGUGCUGGUGACAGCUUCGUGGGAGCACUGGCAUUCUACCUGGCUUAUUAUCCACAUCUGUCCUGGGAAGAAAUGCUCAAGAGAUCCAAUUUCAUCGCAGCAGUCAGCGUCCAGUCUACGGGGACACAGACAUCUUAUCCAUACAAAAAAGACCUUCCACUUACUCUAUUUUGAUUACUGUUAACCCCCACAUAAAACAGACUCAGGGUCUGCAACUUAUAGCUAAGAUUUAUUUUUAAAAUGUCCUGUACUCUCAUCUUUACUUG